UGAUGCAAGCCAGACUGUUCAGUCUUUCACUGUGUGCAACCAUGAUCUACUCAUGCUGCAUCGUUUACAUCCUGCUUCUUGUCACCAUCACUGGGGCCACAGAGAGUGGUAUAGUAGGUGGUCGGGUUGCAAAGGCCCACUCCAGACCCUACAUGGUAUCACUCCAGAUUCAAGGACACCAUACAUGUGGGGGGAUCCUUAUUCGGGAGGACUAUGUUCUAACUGCAGCGCACUGCAAAGACUCUUCUCAAGCCAUGACAGUAGUACUAGGAGCACAUGAUAUCAGCAAGAGAGAAAAAAGUCAGCAAAGGAUCCCUGUGGCAGCAUACUACCCGCAUCCAAAAUACAAUAAAAAAUGUGGUAACGACAUUAUGUUACUGAAGUUAAAAAAAAAAGCCACACUGAACAAGUACGUCAAGCCUAUUGGACUACCCAAGAAAGAGGGGAAAAUCCCCUCAAACAUAAAGUGUUCUGUCGCUGGAUGGGGCCAAACAGCAGCCAAAGGGCCCAUGUCAAAACUUCUGAAAGAGGCCACAGAGAAGACGCAAUUUAACUUUGAGUGCAAAAAUAUUUGGCCAGAAUAUUUUAAUUCUGAGCACAUGAUCUGCACCAAGUUUGACAGGAAGAAUGGAGGAAUAUGCCAGGGUGAUUCUGGUGGACCCCUACUCUGCAACAAAAAAGCUGAAGGCAUCACUGCUUGUGCAGUGGAUGGUGAUUGUAAUAAUCCAAAGUACCCACACCUCUUCACUAAAAUCAAUUUCUUUAUCCCUUGGAUUAAGAAGAUGAUGCAGAAAUAGGGGAAUGCUGCUUUCUGCGCUUCCAGGUCAACUAAUGAGGCUUAGCAAACAUGUAUGUUGAAUAUGUGUAGUCUUAGUUUGGAGAAACAGGGUUUUGCAUGUAGCAGAAAAUAAAAGCACAAUUCAUAUUUACAACAUCAAUAAAAAAUUACUUAUUAUUGUUUA